GAUGUUUCAGAUGUGGGGCCCUUGUGAACGUUCAAGACCAGCAUGGCUUUACGCCUCUGCACAUUGCUGCGUUGAACGAGCUGUCCAAUUGCGCCAGCAUUUUGAUCAGCAACGGCGCUGACUACUCGCUCAAGUCCAACUCGGGGAUCUCGGCCUUUUCCCUGAUUGCCAAGAAAACUCCCACUGCUUUUGAGGCUAUCAAGGACAAACUGACCGAGUACAUCAACUUAACGAGCCAGUCGGUUGCUCUUAAUGAGGUGGAGAUGUGCUUUGACUUCAAGAAUGGGUUUCACCAUCCGAACGAGUAUACGAUAUUGAACGCGUUCAUCGAUGCCGGACAUAAAGAGAUGCUGUUGCACCCCUACAUUACGGCCUUCUUGUAUGUAACGUGGGCUCGGAUGCGCCGGUGUUAUUAUGGCAUGAUCUACAACUCCUUGGUGUUCAGUCUAAUUUUGCUCUUCUACGUCUUGACCUCGUUGGCGUACGAUUGCGACCGCAAAAUCCACGAUCCUCGCCUAGCGAACACCACAGUCCACUGCUCCAAUCGCUCCUAUUUGAACGCCUUCCUUCGCUCGGGCCCUUUGAGCUUGCAAACCCAAUGGUACAUCCUGCUCUACUUCACCCUCUCCUUGGCCUACAGGAAAGUGUAUGGGUUCCAUGGGUACCCCUCUCUAAAGCAGUACUGCACCAAUUGGGGCAACGUUCUGGAGUGGACCGGUAUCAUCUACGUGUUUAUCAUCUCCUUUGUUUACACUGGCCGAGUGGAGAGUUGGCAGGUCCACGCAGGGGCUUUUGCCGUCAUGUGCUCCUGGACUAACAUAAUGUAUUUGCUGGGGCAACUGCCCGUUUUCGGUCCCUAUGUGGAGAUGUUCCAGAAGGUCCAGAGCGAAUUUCAAAAGUUGCUCCUGGUCUUUUUCCCGUUUCUGGUCGGGUUUACCAUAGGAUUUUGCAUAAUCUUCCCCAAUUCGGCGGCGUUCCACAAUCCCUUCACCGGCAUUAUCUCCGCCCUGGUUAUGAUGACUGGGGACAUGAACUACGACCUCCUCCUGGAAUACUCCAGCCGCGAUAACUCCUCAGACUUUGCGAUGAUCAGCUCGCAGAUCGCCUACACCUUCUUCCUGCUCUUUAUCACCAUCAUCCUGAUGAAUCUUCUGGUUGGGAUCGCCGUCCAUGACAUCCAGGGCCUGCAGAAGAACGCGGAUCUAUCCAGGCUGGUGCGCCAGGCGAAAAUGUGCUCCUACAUCGAAAUGUCCCACUACAAGCGCGGGCGCUUUGCUAGGAGCAUCAUGGCCUUGCUUCGAGUGGUACCUAAACCCUACGUGCCAGUGUUAAGGGUGAAACCUCUGGAUCCGAUGGACACUCCAAUCCCCAAGGAAGUCAUCCAGGCGGCCUACGAUUUGGCCAAGAAGCGAGACACGGAGAGGAUCAACAUCUUCAGUAGGAGUGCAGGCGGGCCUUGGAGGAGGGCGGUGAGUGGCAGCUUGAAGCAGCACAGGCUGGAGCAAUCGAGGCACAAAGACGCCUGUUUCAACGCGUUGCUGAUUAAAGUCGACCAGCAAACCGACCAGAUUGGGAGUUUGCUGCAGGAGUUGGCUGAGGUCAAGCAGCUCAUUAAGAGCAGCCACUCUUUUUUGCCGGCGCAUUAGCUUGUUACUUUUAGAGUUUAGUUGCACUUGAGUAUGUAUUGCACGAUUUGACUACACUGAUGGGCAAAAUUUGCGCACCAUCUGUACAUUUCAAAGAAAAAUACCCGGUUUUUUCAAACAUUUUAUGCUUGGGAAGCAAAGUACAAAACAGCAAAGAAAAUAUUCAGAUGGGGACGAAAGUUUUCUUCCAGUUUAAACAUUAAACCUGAC